AUGAAGUACGCAGCUCUUUGUAGUAUCGCAUUGGCAGUUCAGCUGCUUGGUUUUCAACUUGUCCUAGCUGCAGGUGGUUCCGGUGGCGGUGAUGGCGAAUGCUCUUUCCAAACAGCCAUUAAGGGUGGUAGUAGUGGCGAUGCUAAGAUCGAGCAAAUGAACCAAUAUGUCAUUGAUGAUGGCGGUACUCAAGAAACCACCAAUUUUGGUCAAAAGAUCAACAACUCUGAUAGCUUGAAAGCUGGUUUGCGAGGACCUACACUCAUGGAAGAUUUCAUGAUGCGUGAAAAGAUCAUGCAUUUUGACCAUGAACGCAUUCCUGAAAGAGUUGUCCAUGCUCGUGGUGUUGGUGCUCAUGGUUACUUUGAGACAUACAAAGAUUGGUCUGAUCUCACCGCUGCCAAGUUCCUCAGAGACACAAGCAAAAAGACACCCGUCUUUGUACGUUUCUCAACUGUAUUGGGUAGUCGAGGUUCGGCUGAUACGGUGCGUGAUGUACGUGGUUUUGCCACUCGCUUUUACACUGAGGAAGGCAAUUUUGACCUUGUGGGUAAUGCAAUUGCACCCUUCUUUGUACAAGAUGCUAUGAAGUUCCCCGACAUUAUCCAUUCUGGAAAGCCUGAACCCGAUAAAGAAGUUCCCCAAGCUGGCACUGCUCAUCAAACAGCAUACGACUUUUUCGCCGAAUUCCCAGAGACGCUGCACACUGUUAUGUGGGCAUUGUCGGGUCGUGGUAUUUACCGCAGCUUACGGCAAGUUGAGGGCUUUGGUGUCCACACUUUCCGCUUAAUCAACGAGGAUGGCAAAGCUGUGUUUGUCAAAUUCCAUUGGAAACCUCUUCAAGGCUUGUGCAACCUUGUUUGGGAUGAAGCCCAAAAGAUUGCAGGCAAGGAUGCUGAUUUCCAUCGCAACGACCUUUAUACUGCUAUUGAGAAGGGCGAUUAUCCAGAAUGGGAACUUGGUGUGCAAAUCGUUGAAGAAGAAGAUGAAUUCAAGUUUGACUUUGAUCUUUUGGAUCCAACCAAGAUUAUCCCAGAGUCGUUGGUGCCUGUGACCAAGCUUGGAAAAAUGGUGUUGAAUCGCAACGUUGACAACUUUUUCUCCGAGACGGAGCAAAUCACUUUCCAUCUUGGUCAUAUUGUGCGUGGUAUUGGUUUUACAAACGAUCCAUUGUUGCAAGGACGAUUGUUCAGCUAUCUCGAUACACAAAUCAAUCGCAUGAAUGGUGCCAACUUUAUGCAAAUCCCUAUCAAUCGCCCCAUUGUACCAGUGCACAACAAUCAACGUGAUGGCUACAUGCAGCACAACGUCUUCAAAGGUGUGGUCAGCUACUUCCCCAAUGGUUUGCAAAACAACACACCAAGCAUGGUUGAUCCGCAGGACGGCGGCUAUGUUGAAUAUCCUGAAGAAGUGCAAGGACCCAAGCGUCGUGGUCAACCCCCAAGCUUCUUUGACUUUUACUCGCAACCUCGUCUUUAUUGGAACUCGUUAACCGAUGCUGAGAAGCAACAAACAGUGGAUGGCUUCCGAUUCGAAGUUGGCAAGAGCAAAUCAGUUGAUGUGCGUAAGCGCUUUGUUGAUCAGCUCAACAUGAUUGACAACAAUCUUGCACGUCGUGUCGCAUUUGGUGUUGGUGUUCCAUUGCCUGAUAAGGUGGUUGAAAAUGAUGGCCGUUCCACUGUUGGUAUCUCUAUCAGCAAGUAUCCCAAGCCAAACCAUAUCCGUACUCGCACAGUCGCCAUUCUCACUGCCCCUGGCACCAACACUGAAGAGGCUAAGGCUAUGUAUGAAUACUUGAAGAGUGAAGGUGCCUAUCCAGAAUACGUUGGCGUUGGUCUUGGUGAUCAGGAUGGCCUUGAAGUGACCAACACUUACACCACCACCUCCUCUGUACUUUUCGAAGCUGUGUAUGUUCCUGGUGGACCUGAAGCUAUCAAAACCAUGAUGGAGGAUACAUCUCUCUUCCCAUAUGAGGAACCCAAGGUCUUUGUUCUCGAUGCUUUCCGCCAUGGCAAACCCAUUGCUGCAUCCAGUGAUGGCUUUGAUAUUCUUAAAUGGGCAGAUGUCAAAACAAGCUCUACCUCUGCUGCCGACUGCAACUCUGAUCUCGGUGUCGUUGUUGGUCCUGCUGGUAGCUGCCUUAAUGAAGAAUUCAAAAAGGCACUUAUUGAACAACGCUUCUGGGACAGACUUCCUUUGGAUGGUGAUAUCUAG